GUAGAAGAAGCCCGCGCCCCUGCAGUAAUGCUGGGUAAACCCCGCUGCUCGGCCUUUUUCCGCGCGGCGCUGUGAGAGGAAUCAUGCCAGCCAAAGGACCCCUACAGUCUGUGCAGGUCUUCGGACGCAAAAAAACAGCCACAGCUGUUGCCCACUGCAAAAGAGGCAAUGGGCUGAUUAAAGUGAAUGGCAGACCCCUCGAGACGGUUGAGCCAGCUACAUUGCAGUACAAGCUGCUGGAGCCCAUUCUGCUGCUGGGAAAGGAGCGUUUUGCUGGCGUCGACAUUAGAGUCCGUGUGAAGGGCGGUGGACAUGUCGCACAGAUCUACGCUAUUCGCCAAGCCAUCUCCAAAGCCCUGGUUGCUUACUACCAGAAAUAUGUUGAUGAGGCAUCUAAGAAGGAGAUUAAGGACAUCCUGAUCCAGUACGAUAGGACCCUCCUGGUUGCGGACCCACGUCGCUGCGAGUCCAAGAAGUUCGGUGGUCCUGGAGCUCGUGCCCGCUACCAGAAGUCCUACCGUUAAAAUCUCUGUGCAUAUUUCGUACAAUAAAACAAGGAGAAAAUCAUA